AUGUCUGACAAGUCUACCAUCAACGUCAAGAACAUCGCCCCGUCCACCAGUGACGGCGAGAUUAAGGACUUUUUCAGCUUCUGCGGAAAGAUUUCUGAUAUCAAGGUCACCCAAGAAGGUGAGACCAAGACCGCUGAGGUCAUCUUCGACAAGGAGACUGCCAAGAAGACUGCUCUCCUUCUCAACAACACCCAACUUGGCCCCAACCACCUUGAGGUCACCAGCGCCAGUGCCGACAACGAUGACGAUGUCUCCCCUACCAAGAACAUUGACCGCGACUCCGACGAGAUCACCCAGGAGGAGAAGCCCCGCGCUCGCAUCCUGGCUGAGUACCUCGCCCACGGUUACGUCGUAGGAGAUGCCGCCAUCCAGCGCGCUCUCGAUCUUGAUGCCGUUCACAACGUCUCCAGCCGCUUCUUCUCCACCCUCCAGGGCCUCGACGAGAAGUACCACGCCACCGACCGAGCCAAGGCUACCGAUGAGAGCUACGGCAUCACCCAGCGUGCCAACAGCCUGUGGCUCGGCUUGAGCUCGUACUUCGAGAAGGCUUCCAACACACCCACCGGCAAGAAGAUUGCCAACUUCUACACCGAGGGCAGCCGACAAGUCCAAGAGGUCCAUGCUGAGGCUCGUCGCCUUGCUGACCUUAAGAAGGAGGAGGCUGGUGGCAGCGCUUACAAGGCUGCUGGUCUUGAGAAGGUUUUCGGUAAGGAGAAGACUUCCGGCACCGAAGCACCUGAGGCUGGCAAGGGCACUCUGGGCACAUCAGUUCCCGCUGCCUCUGCGGAGACUGGCCCCAAUGUGAGCGCCCCCGAGGGUGGUGAGAAGCACUAA